UCUUAACCUCUAAAAACAUUUACUAAUGGCAAACUUAUAAAAGCCGUAAUUUACUCCAUCACUUGAAAUUGUUGGAUUAUUUUUUAUCGGUUUAGGUUAAAACGAACGCUUAAUUUUGCGAAAAAAAAAUGGGAGAUGCCGCAGUGGAUAUCCCCAAGACGAUAUCCAACAAAGUUGAAGCUCCGCAGGAAAAGGCGAAAAUCGAGGCUGAGGUUGUAGAAAAUAAGGCCACUCCCGAAAAUAGUGAGUAUGAUAGUGCUGGAAGCUACAGCGAUGCUGAACCAGGAGAGGUUAGAUCCAGGGGAACAGAGGACACUGGAUCAGAAUCCGAGGGUAGUGUUAUUUUAGAAAGGGAGGAAGGUGAUGGGCAAGAAAGUGCACCCUCUAAAAAAGUGGACGAUGAUGAGGAUAAAAAGAAUCCCCAGUACAUACCCAAAAGGGGUACUUUUUAUGAGCAUGAUGAUAGAACAGCUGAUGACAUUGAAAAAAGUGAAGCAGCUGCAGAAGCAGAAAAAGUGGAUAAAGAUGGCAAAAAGAAAGUUUGGCAAGACAAAAAGGAAAAAUGGUCUCAUGAUAAGUUUAAUAACGACGAUCAGGCACCCAAAUCUCGUUCUGAACUGAUAGCAAUUUAUGGAUAUGAUAUUAGGAAUGAAGAAGGUGCUCCUAGAGCUAGAAGGCGCAGAAGAUAUGGCCGUGGUCCAAACAAAUAUACCAGAAACUGGGAAGAUGAGGAUGCUUAUAAUAAACCAGCUCCACCAAGGUUACCAAUCACCAAAAAACCUAUUAGGCCUAGGAAAAGUUCAGAAGAAUUCCCUCCAUUGGGUGGAAACCCUAGAAACAAUAAUAAUAGGAAUAGUGAGAGCGCUGAACGGGAAAGUGUAGAAGAAGAUAGAGGACAUACACCGGAAAAAGUGUCUGAAAGUAACGGAAACUCCAAUACACCUGUUCAGCAAAAUACGUUGGACUAUAGCAGAUCAACUAGCAGCCAAGAAUCACAUAAAAAUAACCCGCGAGUUGGCUCUGGAAGAGUAAUAAAACCCAAAAAAGAGAUACAGGAUUCAGACUAUAAGGGAUUCACUACCAGAACUCGACAAGUCAGAAACGUUAAGGUCGAUCAGGCGGAACCUGCAAGAAAUCAAAAGAAAGAUGAGUACAUUCACUCCCAAAACUUUACAAACAAAAAUAGCAGCAGUGUCCAGGCCUUGGAAAAAGAUAUGGAUAAAUUAAAUGUCCAAGACGGUAUCUAUAGAGGCGGCAAGCAACAAAACAACCAGCGACAGGGAAGCGUGCCACCGCGUCUGCAAUCAGAACAAAAAGGGGGCUCUAAACGCUACAGUUCAAUGAGACAAAGAUCUUUGCCAGAAUGCGCUACUCCACCGAAUUAUCCCACAACGUUUUAUCCUAAUGAUGGCUACCAACAAUCGUCUCGUCAAGGCGGCCAAGCACAAAUCAUCCACAACCCAGGCCAAAUCCACCCGGCCACCACUCAAGUCCCGCCCAUGCAGCAGCCCGCACUCACCAUGGCGCAACAGGUGCCCGUCACCGCCGCCCCCCUCCUUCAACCCCAAUUCCCGUCGCCCUUCCCGCCCGCGCCCCCUCCGUUCUUGCCGGCAGGCGUGGCGCCGCCCCAAUUCAUCCCUCAACAGACGCCGCAGAUCAUCAACUACGUCCAGGGCCAGCCGGGAUAUCCGCCCCCGAACUUCCAGGGCUACCAACAACAGUUCACCCCUGUAGUUAAUACCCCACCAACCGAAUUAUAUCAACCCCAAGGAGGAAUAACAUACUAUUCAGCCGAUCAACAGAUUGCUCAAAGGCCUGUGCCCCAAAAACGUCCCAAAGCUGCUAUUCCGAUUGUCGCUCCCCCCGAAAACGACACCAAACUGAGAUCUAAAAAAGAUGACGAAAAUAUUUACGAGACUAAUGAAAAUGUAGAAACUAUAAACUAUGAAGAAGCUUUAGUUGAACAGUAAUCAUACUAAUUAAGGUUUUAACAAACACAGGUUGUCUUAAAUGAUACGGUGCCUCCUUAAAUAUCAACUUAAAACAUUUUUCUAAUAUUAUUUUUAUUGUAGAACGCUAAAUUGUAACGAUUAAUUAUUUAUUACAUCAAAUAAUUUGAUAAUAGUAUUUAUUGUGCUUAGAUUUAAAUUAAUUUUUUUAUACAUUUUUGACAACAUGGG